GGAGCCGGACAGACGCAUGUGCAGUGGCGGCCUGCACUAUGGCGGCCAGGUAUGACCGUGCCAUCACUGUUUUUUCGCCUGAUGGUCACCUCUUUCAGGUGGAAUACGCGCAGGAGGCGGUGAAGAAGGGAUCCACAGCGGUUGGGAUACGAGGUAAAGAUAUAGUUGUCUUGGGUGUGGAGAAAAAGUCUGUUGCAAAACUACAGGAAGAAAGAACGGUGCGAAAAAUCUGUGCCCUUGAUGAUCAUGUCUGCAUGGCAUUUGCAGGUCUGACAGCUGAUGCUCGAAUAGUAAUUAACAGAGCUCGUGUGGAAUGUCAGAGCCACAAACUCACUGUGGAAGACCCAGUCACUGUAGAAUACAUAACACGAUUCAUUGCAACUUUGAAGCAGCGUUACACACAAAGCAAUGGUCGGAGACCCUUUGGAAUCUCUGCUCUGAUUGUGGGGUUUGAUUAUGAUGGCACUCCACGUUUAUACCAAACUGACCCAUCAGGGACAUACCAAGCUUGGAAGGCAAAUGCCAUUGGCCGCAGCGCCAAGACAGUCCGAGAGUUCCUGGAAAAAAACUACACCGAUGAGGCAAUUGCAACAGACAAUGACACUAUCAAGCUCGCAAUUAAGGCUUUGCUGGAAGUGGUACAGUCUGGUGGGAAAAACAUUGAGCUGGCCAUAAUUCGAAGGAAUCAGGUUUUGAAGCUUCUAGAUGCGAAAGAAAUCGAGUCACUUGUUGUGGAAAUUGAGAAGGAAAAAGAGGAGGAGGCUGAGAAAAAGAAACAGAAGAAAACCUAAUUGUGGAAUGUGUGCAAACAGUAAUAUUGAUGCUGCAAAUAGACAUUAGUUUACAACCACUUAAAGCUCCAAGGCGGGAUACAAAGUAUUAAAAGGCUGAAUGUUCCCUCUUGAUGGAUUUUUCCCACUUCCCUGAUCCACCUUUCCUUGUGCUUUGUGUGCUUCUGACUGGAGCAAUGAGUGAAGCUGCCACCAAGGUACUAACAUAAGUGCUUUAAGAACCUGGUCAGCGGUGAACCUUCCUUCAUCUAAACAACACUGGGACCCACAUUUACUCAGUUGUGAAGUUGGAAUUGAAAGGUACGGCAAGAUAGCUUAACUGUAUAGUUACCAGGAUAUCGUAGUUAAUGUUAAUUAUAUUUAUUUGCUUUCGUUAGCAAUGCCAAGAUAUGAUAUGGGUAAAGUUUUCCCUCGGUUUGCAUGAAAUGUCUGGAACAGAAAUGAAAGGUGGGGGAAUGAAUUGUUACUGUCUUGUGAAUGGCUCAUGGUUUGAUUUGGGAGAAGGUGGUGGAUGCAUUGCAUUUUGAUGCUCUGUCUCUAAGUUAGGCAGAGCAGAGGUUCCAUGCUGAGCUCCUCCAACAAACCUUUACAUGAGGAAGAAGGGUGAGUCCAGGAUUGUACUGGAAAGAAGUGGUGCUUUUGCAGUUAAGUAGCCUGUCAAGAAUAAGUGGUCUAAAUAUUUCCUUGAGUGAAUUGUAGGCGAGUUUGGCACAAACCAAUUUCAAACUGAGGAAGAAAAACUGGCCCAUUUCAUUCACAAUAACCCAUUAAAUAAUGAGUUUCACAAGAAUAUAAUUAAACCAAAACUAAUGUUGUGCCCCUUGAAAUAUUAUGCAAGAUGAACUAAAGCUUGAUUGAAAUGGGUUUUAAGAAGUUACAUGAAAGUGAAUAGGAAGAUUCAGAAGCACAGGUCUAAAGCUGUGACACAACUGCUUAUGAUAGAAGGUGCUGCACAAAUGGGCAACCAGCAGUCUGUUUCGAAGAACGUUUACAUGGCACAAAAAAGUCACCAAUGGCAGGAUAAUCAGUGCUUGCCCAAAGCACUGUCAUUAACUGUAAGACAUGUAGAACAACACUAUGACAACACUGAAGCAUGUCAAGACAAAGUACAAAGUUGUUUACAAAAGUAUUUAGUAUUUUGUAUCUUGCAAAUAAGCUGUUUGAUUUCAUGUGUUUUUAGUUAUCUUUCCUGAGAUGUUAAUUUAGUUAGACUUUUUCCUUUGCACAGUUGAGGUUAUUGUUACAGUUGUGCCUUGGUUUGGAAAAAAAAAAGAAUUCUGCAAUACCAAAUAAACUCUGGGGCAGAUUUUGAAA